GUUACUCCCCCAUGCAGUGUGGUGGGGGUCACAGUUAAACCUGUUGGCCCCUAAUGAGUUGAUGUUAUUCAGCCUGAACUCUUCCUCUCAGUCUGCAGCCGCCAUCACUCCUCUUCAUCAAUUGGGUUCUUGGUUCUGUUCGGACUGAUGGAGGGCGCCGGUCACAUCAACAUUGCGAUGAUAGAAGACAUCAGCACCAAUGGGACGUCUCCAUCAAAGGCGAGUCCGGACUUCAACAGAACCAACCAGGCUUGUGGUUCCACUGUCAGCUUCCACAGCAUCCAGUAUAAAGUCCAAAUGAGGAGCGGCUUCUUCUGCAAAGCCAAACCAAACCCAAAGGAGGUUCUGAUGGACCUCAGUGGGAUUAUGAGGCCUGGCUUAAAUGCUAUUCUUGGACCAACUGGAAGUGGAAAAUCUUCUUUUUUGGAUAUUCUGGCCGGGAGAAAAGAUCCUUUGGGUUUAUUAGGGGAAGUUCUUAUCGACGGAGCGCCACAGCCUCCAAACUUCAAGUGUCUCUCCGGCUACGUGGUCCAGGAAGAUGUCGUCAUGGGGACUCUCACCGUGAGGCAGAAUCUAAGUUUUUCUGCAGCGCUUCGGCUUCCUGCCUCUGUGCCACAACGUGAGAAAGAAGCUCGAGUCGAUCAUCUUCUUAGGGAGCUGUGUCUCACCAAAGUGGCUGACGCUAAGGUGGGCUCACAGCUGACCCGGGGAAUCUCAGGAGGUGAGAGGAAGAGAACCAGCAUUGGGAUGGAGCUGAUCAUCGAUCCUGCGGUUCUGUUUCUGGACGAACCGACCACAGGACUCGACGCCAGCACAGCCAACUCCGUCCUGCUGCUGCUCAAAAGGAUGGCCAGUCAUGGUCGAACUAUAAUCAUGUCCAUCCACCAGCCGCGCUACUCCAUCUACCGGCUGUUUGACACCCUGACUCUGCUGGUUGGUGGGAGAAUGGUGUACCACGGACCGGCCUCCAACGCUUUGGACUACUUUACCAACAUUGGCUAUCCAUGUGAGCCUCACAACAACCCAGCCGACUUCUUCCUGGAUGUUAUAAAUGGAGACUUCACGAAACCAACAAAAGUUCACGACACAGCAGAUCUGACUAUUGAGGAACUUGGUUCUACCAGGCAGAACAUCCAGGAACGCCUUGUAGAAGAGUUCAAGAACAGCAGUUACGCUAACGAAACACGAGCCGAGUUAAGGUGUAUUCUCCAAACCAAGGAAUGCGUUUCGCAGAUGAGGCCUCGCAGCAUCACCUACAACACCUCCUUCCUUCACCAACUCCAGUGGGUUUUUCAGAGAACCUUCCAGAACCUCAUGUUGACUCCACAAACGUCUGUGGCUCAGGUGGGAGUCAACAUUUUCCUUGCCCUUGUUGUAGGAGCCAUUUUCUUUGCAGUCCAAGAUGAUCAGAGUGGUCUUCAAAACAGGAUGGGCGCGCUCUUCUUCAUCACGACCAACCAGUGUUUCAGCACUGUGUCUGCAGCCGAGCUCUUCAUCACAGAGAGGAACCUGUUUGUGCACGAGUACAUCAGUGGCUACUACAGAGUAUCUGUGUACUUCCUAUCUAAAAUCCUCUGUGACCUCGCCAUGCGAACCGUCACCUCUGUUAUCUUCAGUGCCAUCGUCUACUUUUUGAUUGGGCUGAAGUCCACAGUGGAAGCUUUUCUCAUCUUCACAUUCACAGUGACCCUGGUGGCCUACACGGCCACAGCCAUGACCAUGGCCAUCUCAGCCAAUCAGAGCGUCGUCGCUCUCGCCAACAUCUUCAUGACCAUAACGUUUGUCUUCAUGAUGAUUUUCUCCGGUCUGCUGGUGAACCUUCCCAGCAUUGUGGACUGGCUGGCUUGGCUGAAGUACUUCAGCAUUCCUCGAUACGGCUUCGCAGCCUUGAAGAUCAACGAGUUUGUGGGUUUGAAUUUCUGCGAGGAGCCGCCGAUCCAGAACGCCAACAUGUCUGCAACAACGGCGGGCUGCGGUGUGAGCGCAGCGGGCCAGAUGUGUACAGGUGAGCAGUACCUGGACUACCUGGGGAUAGAGUACAGCCCCUGGGGAUUGUGGGAAAACCACGUGGCGUUGACUGUUAUGAUGGUCGUGUUCCUCUUCGUCGCCUACCUGAAACUGCGCUACAUCAGGAAGUUCACCUGAAUUAAACCGUGACAUUUUAAGAUUUAUACUCUCUUACAAACCGUUUCCCACAAAGAAACGAUAAAUAAAAUGCUUGGCUCUGUCCGGACGUCUGGAAAGCUAGAAAUUAAAGAGAAUAAUGUGUCAACAUGGAGGAAAACGACCCAUAAUUUAAAGUAAACAAACACUGCUGGAUUUCACUCUGACCAGCAGAUUCUGGAAAAUCGUAGAUUUUAGGAGAUCUGCAUUUUUCUGGUUAUAAGGUUCUGUGAAAAAGUAUUUGCAUCCUUUUCUGCUUCUGAUUUUUUGUUACAGUUUUUCUUUUUAAGAUAAUCAAUUGAAUAAUGACGGAGUGUUAUGAAAACAUUUAAACUCUUAGAGUUACUUUUGAACCAUAAAAAUUGGGAUAUUAACCAACAUAUUUGAUGUGUAUUGAUGAUUGUGAUGAUGGAACUCCAUAAAAUGUAAUGUUGCUGGUUUCUCUUAGUGACUGUAUCGUGUUUGUAUGACUUUUAUUUUUGUUUUGUUUUUUAUGUAAAGCACUUUGAACUGCCUUGUUGCUGAAAUGUGCUGUACAAAAUAAACUUGAUUGAAUGAUUGAUUGAUUGACAUCACAAGAAUAAAGCCCUAAUAUUGGACAAGAAUGAAGUGAUAUUAUGAGAAUAAAGUUAUAACAUUAUGAGCACAAAGUUGUAAUAAUAUGAGAAAAAUAGUCGUAAUACGAGAGUAAAGCAGUAUGACAAAUCCGUCACAUAAA